ACAACUUUAAUAAUAAAGUGACAGAUUCUAAUUAUGUCAGAUUUCUUUGCUUUUUUGUAAGGUUGCUGCAACAAACAAAGAGCGGUAUGGAUUGAGCUUUUCCCAUCUGUUUCCAGCAAACAAACCAUGUUCAGGUAACCCACAUCACCACAUUAUCUUUUUCAACUGUUUUCUCUGUGUCUUAGUCUCCCUAAGAGCCAAAAGUUUCUUCCUUUGUGUCCAUCUUGUGACCUGGCCACGCUUUUUUUUUUCUUUCUCCCCUUGUACCCCAUUUUUCUUCUAGUGUUUAUUGCUUUAGAUCUGCCGCUUAAACUUGGGUGUGUUCAUAGGAGAAGAAAAUUUUGCUGGUGGGUUGUCAUUCUCUUCUAUGCGCAUAGCUUUCAUUGUAGUAUUUGAGAAAAUUCAAAUGCCCUCCAGGGUUUCAUCAUGGUAACUUGAUGUUUCUGUCAGAACAUAUGGUUUAGAGUUUAGACUCUUGUUUGCAAUUGAUGAUUGAAUUUCUUGGAGAUUAGGUGAUCUGAAAGUUAGGUUUUUGAUGUAUUUUGGGAACAUUUUGUUUGAUUCAACACUGGUGGUUGGUGCUUACUAUUCAAGAAGUGGGACAUUUUCUUAUUUUAGUUCUUGAGGGAGGGUUGUAAUGGAGAAGGUUCAAGGCACAGUGGUCUUGGGUCUUAUCUUUCUGCUGACAAUCUUUGUAUCAGUUAGAACUGAAGAAGCUCAGUCAAGGACAUUUCUCAUAAACUGUGGCUCAAAUUCCAGCGUUAAUGCGGAUGGAAGGAGAUGGGUUGGUGAUUUGGCCCCUGGUAACAAUCUUACACUCAGUUCUCCUGGCAUCUUUGUCACCACUGACACAUUAAGUGGUCAAUCGGUCUUUGGGUCAAUUUACAAAAGUGCAAGGAUAUUCACCAGCAAUUUGAAUUACACCUUUGAUGGGAUCCAGGGAAACCAUUUUGUUAGGCUCCAUUUUUGUCCAUUCCAAUUUGAAAAUUACAAUGUAAAUCAAUCCUCUUUUGAUGUUGUGGCUAAUGGUCUCAAACUUAUUUCUCAAUUUGAUGUUCCUGGUGAGAUUUCACACAAGAAUUCUCAUUUGCAGACUUCCAGUAGCAAUUCAAGUUCCAUCUCUUUAGUGAAAGAGUACUUUGUAGCUAUCAAUCUUGGUGUGUUACUGAUUGAGUUCAUCCCAAAUAAAGGAUCAUUUGGGUUCAUAAAUGCCAUAGAAAUCAUCCCUGUGCUAGAUAAGUUGUUUGCUGAUUCAGUUGAUAAGGUGGGUGGAAAGGAUGCAAGUCUAAAUCUGAAUGGACGGGGAAUCGAAACUAUGUAUAGAUUGAAUGUUGGAGGUCCUGAGAUUAAACCCAGUCAGGACUCGGAUCUUAGGAGAAUGUGGGAAGCAGAUUCCAGCUAUAUGAUCACUGCAGAUGCUGGAAUUCAAGUCAGCAACACUUCCAAUAUUACAUAUGCUUCGAUGAAUGAUUCUUCGGUAGCUCCUCUUUUUGUAUAUGAAACUGCAAGAACCAUGUCCAACACUGAAGUUCUGGAGAAAAGGUUCAACAUGUCAUGGAAAUUUGAAGUGGAUCCUGGAUUUGAUUAUUUGAUUCGUUUGCAUUUCUGUGAGCUUCUCUAUGACAAGGCCAACCAACGAAUUUUCAGGAUUUAUGUAAACAACAGGACUGCAGCUGAUAAUUUUGAUGUUUUUGUACGUGCGGAAGGGAAGAAUAAAGCAUAUCAUCAGGAUUAUUUUGAUGCACUGUCUUCAAAGACUGACACACUAUGGGUUCAACUUGGGCCUGACACAGCUGUUGGUGCUUCCGGAACUGAUGCUCUCUUGAAUGGACUUGAAAUUUUCAAAUUGAGCAGAAAUGGAAAUCUUGCCCAGGCAGAGAGAUUCAGUUCAACUGCUCACUCAACAACCAAAAUGAAAAGUUGGAUUCUUUGGGUAACAAUUGGAGCAGUUAUAGCUUCUGUUGCAAUUUUUGUAGUUAUAUUGGCUCUAGUCUUUCGUUACUGCAAAAACCGAAGAAAAGAACCUACUAACACAAAAAACAACUCUACUUGGAGACCUUUAUUUCUUAUUGGUGAUAGCACUGCUAAUUCCAAGGGACAAAAUGCAUAUGGAUCUGUGGCAUCAACUCGAGUUGGAAGGAAGUUCACAUUGUCAGAGAUUCGUACAGCAACAAACAAUUUUGAUGACAGUUUAGUAAUCGGAGUUGGAGGCUUUGGUAAAGUAUACAAAGGGGAGAUUGAGGAUGGCACCCUUGUGGCAAUUAAGAGGGCUCACCCACAAUCCCAGCAAGGCCUAGCUGAAUUUGAAACUGAGAUUGAGAUGCUGUCAAAACUCCGGCAUAGGCACCUUGUCUCCUUGAUAGGCUUCUGUGAAGAACAAAAUGAGAUGAUCUUGGUCUAUGAGUAUAUGGCCAAUGGGACUCUUAGAAAUCAUCUUUUUGGGAGUGAUCUCCCCCCUAUGACUUGGAAGCAGCGAUUGGAAGUGUGUAUUGGUGCUGCAAGAGGACUUCAUUAUCUCCAUACAGGAGCAGAGCGAGGAAUCAUACAUAGAGAUGUUAAGACAACUAACAUCUUGUUAGAUGAGAAAUAUGUGGCAAAAAUGUCUGAUUUUGGGCUAUCCAAAGAUGGCCCUGCUUUCGACCACACCCACGUUAGUACAGCAGUAAAAGGAAGUUUUGGAUAUCUUGAUCCUGAAUAUUACCGGCGGCAGCAGUUGACUGAGAAAUCUGAUGUGUACUCUUUUGGUGUGGUGUUGUUUGAAGUUGUCUGUGCUCGAGCAGUUAUAAAUCCAAGCUUGCCAAAAGAUCAGAUCAAUCUUGCAGAAUGGGCUACCAAAUGGCAAAGGCAGAGAUCACUUGAGCAAAUCAUCGAUCCACGUCUUAAAGAAAAUUACUGUCCAGAGUCAUUAAAGAAGUUUGGGGAGAUGGCAGAAAAAUGUCUUGCCGAUGAGGGGAAGAAUCGACCCAUGAUGGGGGAAGUUUUAUGGCAUUUAGAGUAUGUGUUGCAGCUUCAUGAAGCUUGGAUGCAUGUCAAUGCUAGAGAAAAUUCUUUCUCAAGUAGUCAAGCCCUGCAGGACAUAGAGGAGAGAAAAAUGGAAGAAGGCCGUGAAAUUCCCCGUUCAAAUGAAAAAACUGUUUUAGGCUCUAAAAUGAUGGAGGAAUGAGAAUCUGCAACAAUGGGGAGACACAAAUCAGGUCCUACAACUGAGUCUGGCGGUGGAUUUGCUUAGACCAUAUUGGAUCCAAACUUUUUUUUUUCUUUCUAUUACAGUGCUUAAAAUUAUAAAUUCUUUCAUAUUUGUUUUAUUAAAUUAAUGUGAAAUCCAGGUUAUUGAUAAUGUAAACUGAAAGGAAAGUGGAGAAAAUUAUGCCAAAAGAUCAUUGUAUUUGUGGGAUACCUUGGAUAUCUUCCAUUGGUUUGUGAUGAGUUUCUGGAUUUUGUGUA